AUGGAGGAAAAUGAAGACUUUGAUGAAGAUCAUCUCACAGCUUAUGAAAUUCAGCUUAGCAUUCAAGAAUCCAUUGAAACUAACAAAAAAGAACUUUAUCCUGAAAGUAGGUUUGUACCCCUAAGUGCUGAGAACAGAAAACUGGUAGAGGCCAUCAAAAAAGGCCAAAUACUUGAGCUUCAGGACUAUGUGAAAUAUAAAUAUGCUUUGGAUGAAGCUGAUGACAAUGGAUGGUUCCCACUUCAUGAGGCUGUAGUUCAACCUGUUCAGCAAAUACUUGAAAUCGUUCUGGAUGCAUCCUACAAAACUCUUUGGGAAUACAAUACUUGUGAUGGAGAAACACCAUUAACUCUAGCAAUCAAUUCUGGUCUGGUGGAAAAUGUAAGAACUCUGCUGGAAAAGGGAGUGUGGCCUGACACCAAAAACCUCAAAGGAGAAACUCCCCUUCUACUUGCUAUAAGAAAAGGUUCCUAUGACAUGGUAUCUCUUCUGAUUAAACAUAACACUAGUCUUGACCUGCCCUGUAUCAAAAGAUGGUCAGCGAUGCAUGAGGCAGCCAAACAAGGACGCAAGGAUAUCAUUGCUCUGCUUCUAAAGAAUGGAGGAAACGUCCACCUGCGGGAUGGAUUCGGAAUUACACCUUUGGGUGUCGCUGCUGAAUAUGGUCACUGUGAUGUGUUAGAGCAUCUCAUCCAUAAAGGUGGUGAUGUUUUUGCUUUGGCGGAUGAUGGGGCAUCUGUGUUGUUUGAGGCAGCAGGAGGAGGUAAUCCUGACUGUAUUUCUCUUUUGUUGGAAUAUGGAGGAAGUGGAAAUGUGCCUAACAGAUCAGGACACCUCCCCAUUCACCGAGCUGCCUAUGAAGGACACUACCUGGCUCUGAAAUACCUUAUCCCAGUAACAUCCAAAAAUGCAAUACAAAAAAGUGGGUUAACUCCCAUUCAUUCAGCAGCUGAAGGCCAAAAUGUUCAGUGUCUGGAAUUACUCAUUGAAAAUGAUUUCGAUGUCAAUUCUCUCCUGGCUGAUCACAUUUCUGAGAACUAUGAUGAUGGAAGGAAGACUGCACUGUAUUUUGCCGUUUCCAAUAAUGACAUCCUCUGCACAGAGGUUCUGUUGGCUGCAGGUGCAGACCCAAACCAAGAUCCCCUGAACUGUCUCCUCGUAGCAGUGAGAGCUGGCAAUCACGAAAUCGUCAGAUUGCUUCUCUCCCAUGGAGCAAAUGUCAAUUGUUACUUCAUGCACGUGAAUGAUACCAGAUUCCCUAGUGCCAUUCAAUAUGCUUUGAAUGAUGAAGCAAUGCUUAGACUGUUACUGAAUAAUGGCUACCAAGUGGAGAUGUGCUUUGAUUGCAUGCAUGGCGAUAUCUUUGGAAAUUCCUUUGUGUGGUCUGAGAUUGAAGAAGAUGUUCUACCAGGAUGGACAUCUUGUGUAAUAAAAGAUAACCCGUUCUGUGAAUUCAUUACUGUUCCUUGGAUGAAGCACUUGGUGGGUCGUGUCAUUCGUAUUUUAAUAGAUUAUAUGGAUUAUGUCCCUCUGUGUGAUAAGCUGAAGUCUAUGCUAGAAGUACAGAGAGAAUGGCCAGAAAUCCGUCAAAUAAUAGAGAACCCUUGCUCAUUAAAGCAUUUGUGUCGGCUACGAAUUCGGAGACUCAUGGGACUAAAAAGACUACGCAAACCAGAAUUUAUAGAGAAGCUUCCUCUACCAACUAUCUUAAAAGGAUAUAUCUUAUUUAAAGAAUAUGAUCUAUAUGGACAAGAAUUGAAGUUAUCAUGAUUCCUAAGGAGUUUUCAAUCAUUCCUUCUGAGCAUGUCACUGGAAUUAUUCAGAACCUUUAAAUAUAAUUUAAAACCAUUAACAAUUCUGUUAAGCAAAACCUUUUUUUUUCUUUUAUAAGACUUUGAAAGUUAUAUGAUAUCUUUUUUUUGACAUCUCCUGUGGGUCUGACAGGAAGGGACAUUGAUCCCAUGGAGAGAUGAUUGUACUUAAUUCAUUCAGCUCUUCAGGCAUGGUCACUUUGACUCAUCUUCACUCACUUGUUUUCUCUAACAUUGGUUGUUUCAUUGUCUCAGUGGGGUUAACUGUAGUAUGUUCUUUUAUAAUUUCAUUUUUAGAAAUCAGACAUUUGUUCCACACCAUAAUUUCCUCAGCAUUUGUAUGUUCCUCACAUGGUAGGUUUACUAUUUUAGGAUAAACAAACACAAGAAAAUUAGUUAAAAAAAAUAUGAUUUUUUUAACUCCAUCAUUUCCUUACAAUAUAAACUGCAUGCGCUUGGCUUGAAUUGUAAUGGACCAUGUAUUUUAUUUCAUGAUCCUACUGUAAAGCCAUGGCAAAUGCAGAUUAAGAUGCAUUGGUUUCUAUUAAUACAAUUCUAAGAAAAUAAACAAUCAUGAAGAUGUUACCCUGAGAUAUGGCAUUUCAAGGUAAUGGACCAGAUUUAAUGUAGCUUGUGCAUUUUCUUGCUUCUUCCUUUAAUUGAUUUCUGGGUAAAUUAAUUAAAAGAAACAUCAGAAUCCAAACAUUUGAGCUAACUCAACAUAUUGUCGGCUGACACUGAAGAAACUCUCUUGAUAUUUAUGGGGGAGAAAAAAAAUAUGCCCUCCAUAACUGAAGCAAUCACUAACAACCAGAAGAGAUCGGAUCUUCCUCCCACCAGAUUGUGAAUUUUAUUCGUUGUGUUUUUAUUUUCAAGGGGGCUCAGUUAGACAAGGGAGGAGGUGUUUCUCAUACGUAAGUGGGAAACAGGAACAGCUGCACCCACUGAUGAGGCUUAGAAGAAGCUAAUACAAGCCUGCUUCCG